AUGAACAAUUCUUACAGCAAAAUCUUUUCUAGAGAUUUUAUUUACUUUCGCACCAGAAUUAAAUUUGUCGAUUUAAGUCGCUUUUUCUUUCUUUCUUUCUCCGCUUUCCUUCUAUUUUUUCUUUCUCUGCUCCUCGAUUCUUUCUUUCUUUCUUUCUUUCUUUCUUUCUUUCUUUUCUUUCUUUCUUUCUUUCUUUCUUUCUCCGCUUUCCUAUAUUUCUUUCUUUCUUUGCUCCUCGAUUCUUUCUUUCUUUCUUUCUUUCUUUCUUUCUUUCUCCGCUUUCCUACUCUUUCUUUCUUUCUUUCUUUCUCCGCUUUCCUAGUAUUUCUUUCUUUCUUUGCUCCUCGAUUCUUUCUUUCUUUCUUUCUUUCUUUCUUUCUUUCUUUCUUUCUUUCUUUCUCCGCUUUCCUAGUAUUUCUUUCUUUCUUUGCUCCUCGAUUCUUUCUUUCUUUCUUUUCUUUCUUUCUUUCUUUCUUUCUUUCUUUCUCCGCUUCCCUACUCCUUCUUUCUUUCUUUCUCCGCUUUCCUAGUAUUUCUUUCUUUCUUUGCUCCUCGAUUCUUUCUUUCUUUCUUUCUUUCUUUCUUUCUUUCUUUCUUUCUUUCUUUCUUUUCCUAGUAUUUCUUUCUUUCUUUGCUCCUCUUUUUCUUUCUUUCUUUCUUUCUUUUCUUUCUUUCUUUUCUUUUUCUCUCCUCGAUUCUUUCUUUCUUUCUUUCUUUCUUUCUUUCUUUCUUUUCUUUCUUUCUUUCUUUCUUUCUUUCUUUCUUUCUUUCUUUUUCUUUCUCCUUCCCUUCUUUCUUUCUUUCUUUCCCUUUCCUAUAUUUCUUUCUUUCUUUGCUCCUCGAUUCAUUCUUUUCUUUCUUUCUUUCUUUUUUCUUUUUCUUUCUUUCUUUUCUUUCUUUCUUUUCCUUUUUUCUUUCUCCGCUUUCCUUCCCUUUUGCUCCUUUCCUUUCUUCCUUUCUUUCUCCUUUCUUUCCUUUCUUUUUUCUUUCUUUUCUUUCUUUCUUUUUCUUCCUUUUCUCCGCUUUCCCAGUAUUUCUUUCUUUCUUUUCUCCUUUUGCUCCUCUUUCUUUCUUUUGCUUUUCUUUCUUUCUUUCUUUUUCUUUCUUUCUUUCUUUCUUUCUUUCUUUCUUUCUUUCUUUCCUUUCUCUUCCCUUCUUCCUUUUCCUUUCUUUCUUCCUUUCUCCUUUCCUAGUAUUUCUUUCUUUCUUUGCUCCUCGAUUCUUUCUUUCUUUUUCUCUCUUUUUUUUCUCUUUCUUUCUUCCCUCUUCCUUUCUUCCUUUCUCCGCUUCCCUACUCUUCCUUUCAUUCUUUCUUACUUUCCUAGUAUUUCUUUCUCUUCUUUGAUCCUCCAUUAUUUAUUUUUUUCUCUUUUUUUUUCUUUCUUUUUUUUCUUUAUUUUUCUUUUGCUCCUCGAUUUUUCUUUUCCUUUCUUUCUUUCUUCCUUUCUUUCUUUCUUUCUUUUUUUUUUUUCUUUCUCCGCUUUCCUAGUAUUUCUUUCUUUCCUCAUCGAUUCUUUUUUCUCUCUAUUUUUUCUCUACUACUAUUUCAUUCUUUCUUACUUUAUUUCUCUAUUUGAUCCUCCAUUAUUUAUUUUUUUCUCUCUUUUUUCUUUCUGUCUUUCUUUAUUUAUUUAUUUGCUCUCCUAUUUCUUUCUUCCCUUCUUUCUUUCUUUUUUUUUACCUUCCUUUCUUUUUCAAAAAAUUUGUGCUUUUUUUUUUCUUUUAUUUUUUGCUUCUUUUCUUAUUCCUUUUUUUCAUUUUUUUAUUUCUUUCCUUCCAUUUGCCUUGUUUUGUUUCUUCUUCUUCUUCUUCUUCUUCUUCUUCUUCUUCUUCUUCUUUCUUUCUUUCUUUUUUCAUUUCCCCUCUUUUUCCCUUCCUUUAUGCAUUUAUUUCAUUCUUUUUCUUCUUUCCAUUUAUUUCAUCCCUUUUCCAUUUUAUUGUCUGCUUUUCCCCUCUUCUUUAUGCAACGCAAUUUUUCUGAUGCUUUUCUUUCUCCUUCUCCAUUUCAAAUCAUUUUUCUUCUUCUUUUUUUCCAUCUGUGUCUUUUUCUAUUUCGUUCUUUUUUCCCCUCUUUGUUCUCUCCCUUUUCCUUCCUCUUGGUUUUUGUAUUUUUCUUCUUUUUUCCUCUUAAUGUCUUCUUUUUCACUCUUUUUUCUUCUUUCCUUUUUUCAUUUCCGUCCUCCCACCCCAUCUUCUGCUUUUAUUCCUCGUUUCUUUUCCACCCUUUCUAUUCGACUUCCACGCCAUUUCUUCUUCUUCCUUACCAACGACUUCCACCCUCUCCUGAACUCUCGACCCCGUAUUCCUCUAGCUCCCCGAACUCUGUCGGUUUUGCACCGUUUACUAUCUCACUUGCUUUCUCUGUCUCUGCGUCUCUUUGUUUUCUCUCCCUCUCUUUCUUUGUAUCUAUCUCUCUAUCUCUCUCUCUCUCUCUCUCUCUCUCUCCCUCUUUCAAUUUCUCUAUCGAUCCUGUCACUUACUCUCUUUCACUUUUUCUUGGUCUUUCUCUAUCAGUUGUAUAUCUAUACAAGAAUUGGAAUGUCUCUUCUGAGAUAUUCACUCUCUUAUGACUACACCAUUCAUUCGCCUUCUCUCUCACUUUCUCUCUCCCUUCUCCCCUUUCUCUCUCUCUCUCUCUCUCUCUCUCUCUCUCUCUCUCUCUGA